GCCACACACUCCUCCUGAUUCCUUCCCCCUUCCCUCCCGCGGCCGGCGAUGGCCGCCUCCCGCCGCCUGGCGCGGAAGCUCCCCUCCAUCAUCUCCAAGCACCAGCGCCUCAUCUCGCCGGAGAUCGAAACCCUGGAGGAGACCCCCGAAAUCUCCACCUCGCCCGCCUCCAUCCCCCUCGACCCCUCCCUGCCGCUCCUCCCGCUCGCCGUCUCCCACCUCUCGCCGCCGAGCCCCCUCCCGUCGCUCCCCUCCGCGCACGCCUCCUCCCCGGAGGCGCUCCUCCGCCUCCUGCGCCGCGCGCGGCACCACCCGCGGCUCGCGCCGCUCGACCUCCACCUCCUCCUCGCAGCCGCCGACGCCUCCUCGGCCUUCCGCCCCGACCACCGGCUCACGAGCCUCCUCGCCGCGCGCCUCGCGGCCUCCCGCCGCCUCCCCUCGCUGCGGCGCCUCCUCCAGCUCGUCCUCUCCCGCCCCUGCCCCUGCGCCGACGACUCCAUCUUCGCCUGCCCCGACCUCCUCCCGACCUUCCGCAAGGCCAUCCUCGCCUUCGCCACCUCCGGCGACAUCCCCGCGGCGUCUGAGGCCCUCGCGUCCCUCCGCCGUGCCGCGGACUCGCCCCUCCCCGCCGAGUUCUACAACAUCAUCCUCCACGCCCUGGCCCGUCUCCACCGCCACAACGACGCCAUCCGCUUCUACGGCGAGAUGACCAGCGUCCACCGCGUCGUCCCGGAUGCCUACACCUUCAACAUACUCAUCAACAGCUCCUGCCGUGUCGAAGGCGUCGAUUCCGCCAUGCGGUGGUUUGAGGAGAUGCGGCACCGGAGCUGUGCGCCGACUGGUGUGAGCUUCAAUACUCUUAUGCGCGGGUUCUUCAGAGAGGGCAGGUACAAGGAAGGCCUUAAGGUUGCUCACGAGAUGCUGCAGCUUGGGUCCGGGCUGUCGGUUGCUUCCAUGCAGAUUUUGAUCGGUGGGCUGUGCCGUGGAGGCGAGGCUUUGAAGGCAGCAGAGGUGUUUCAGGAGUUUUUGGUGGAUGCAGUGGUGCCGGAAGGGUUUGAUUGCUUGGAUCUUGUUGAAUCUCUGUGCCAUGUUGGGAGGGUAGACAAAGCAGUGGAAGUGGUGGAGUUGGUAUUGGAGAGGAACAUGGCAUCCUGCUUGAGUGUCCCUGCUGGCGUAACGGUUCUGGAUUGCUUGAUGAAGGCGGGGAAGCUGGAUGAUGUGUGCCGGUUGAUGGGAAGGAUGGUUGGGGAGGGGAUUGUACCAGAUACCAUUUCUUGUAACUUUAUCUUCGAGGCACUUUGUGAAGCUGGGCGGACUUCUAAUGCAAACAAGCUGAGGAUUCUGGCUAAGGAGAAAGGUUUUCAGGCUGAUGGUGUGACUUAUAGCAUGCUGGUGCAGGGGUUUGGUAGACAGGGAAGGGUGAAGGAAGGCGAGGCUGUGUUGGAUGAAAUGCUUGAUUUAGGGUUUAUACCUAACAUUGUGGCUUACAAUAGGCUUCUUGAUAGCUUACACGUGCGGAGAUCUUUGCAAUAACAAGUGAACUCCUGUAGACAUGUGUAUGCUCCAAACAUCUUUUGGCCACAUGGAAGCAUGAAACUGCAAGAUGUCAGAGAGUUGGUGCUUAGAAUUCAUGUGCAGAGUCUUUUCGAGGAACAUAAAACAAAACAAGGGAUAGUCGGAUAGAUGUCAGUUGAGACGAGCGGUGGUCAUAAUUGCACUGACAGAAGUUGCGAAAUUCCAGUGAUUCAAAUGAGGUUUGAAGGCCUCCCUGUUUGAACUGUACAGGAUCAUGUUUUUGUAUAGCAUUUUCCUUAUAUCUCUCAGACCAAGUGGUACUAAGAUCUUGUUGAUAGAAAAUGCCUUGUGCCAUCUGGUGAUUUGACAUCUGUACAGUUAGCGGGGCUGAAUGAUUA